AUGGGUGCAUCAGGCUCCAUCUCCAACACGGUAGCCAAAGGACUCCAAUCAACCGUCAACAGCAUCCCCAUCACAAUCAUCGACGACGCAAAAAAGAGUCCUUCCUCCUCAGAAGAUGGAACUCCGCCUCUCUGGGCGCAAGCGAAUUUUGGCGGAGAGCCUUCGGAGGGAUAUCCGGAGGCGUGUGAGUUUGCGGCUGAGGGGUGUGGGGUUUUUGAUGAGAAGAUGAAGAAGAGGAAGAGGGGGGAGAGGGAGAGAGAUGUCUUGGUUGGUGCUGGUGCUGGUGCUGCUGUUGGUGAUGAUGAGAUGAUGAUGGUUUCAGAGGGAGGGGAUUCCUUGUAUCAUCCUCAUUAUCGAAGAGGAAUAGUAGGUGGAUUAACUACUGCUGGAAAAUUGCUCCGUGGGUUUGAGCUUUUGCUCUUGCUUGUUCUUGUUGUCCGGGUUUAUCAGAAGAUUCAGAACCGGAAGCAGAAGCAGAAGAAGAAGAGGGAGGGGCUGGGCUGGAAAAUGGUUGAUGAGGCUGAGAAGGGUGAAAUUGUUGCUUGA